AAACUCAUACCUCACUCUCACUCUAAAACCAUCCAUAAUUUCUGCUUCUUUAAGAAAACAAAGCAAAAAAAAAAACUCUCUUUUCUUCAACAUUUGCAGAAAAACAAUGGCUGGUUCAUCUUCUUGUUCUCUUUUGGUUCUUUUUGUUCUGUUUGGUUGUGCUUUUGCAGCUAAGGAUAUCUUGCUUGGUGGCAAAACUGAUGCAUGGAAGGUUCCUUCUUCGGAAUCUGAUUCUCUCAACAAAUGGGCUUCAAGUGUUCGUUUUCAAGUUGGAGACCAUCUAAUUUUGAAAUAUGAAGCUGGAAAAGACUCUGUUUUGCAAGUGAGUAAGGAAGAUUAUGAUAGCUGCAACAUCUCAAAACCCAUCAAACAUUACAAUGAUGGGAACACAAAAGUGAGAUUUGAUCAUUCUGGUCCAUACUACUACAUCAGUGGAGAAAAGGGUCACUGUGAGAAGGGUCAGAAGCUUACUGUUGUUGUAAUGAGUCUAAAAGGGGGAAGUAGGCCCAUUGUUGCUUUUUCACCAUCACCUUCACCAGCUGAGGUUGAAGGUCCAGCUGCCUCUGCUGUUGCUCCAGCUCCAACAAGUGGUGCUGCUGUUUUGCAAGGUGGUGGUGUUUUUGUGGCUGUAGGAGUGUUUGUUGCCAUGUGGCUUUUCUGAUUUGAAUUGCCUUAUUUUAGUUUGGAUAUUUAUUAUAUUAGUAUUAUUAGGAUUAAGAUUGGGAUUGGUUUAAUUAAGUGUAAGAGACAGUCACAUUCAAGUGAUUGUUAGUUUGUUUAUUUUUUUGUUGAGACCUUAUCAAUCGAAUUUUAAUAUAAAUUCUAUUUUAUA